AUAUCUUAAGAUGAGAGAGCGACACAGAUUAAGCUAUUUUAACCUUUCCAAAUCGGCAGUGACUAUCCUCAUUGAAACGCGCAAUCUGUACUCAUUACAUCUAUGGUAAAAACCGUUCUCGAAGAAAUUAUAUCACAUAAAAAAUAUACUUCGCUUUUAUUUCCUUCGUUGUAAAACUUAUUCGAAGUCAAACGCGUCCGUCGUAUCAUAUAAAAUAUUAAUUUCGAUAGUUUUAAUAUGACUAAGAUGGAAAAACAUAUGCAUUAACAUGGCAAUAACACGUGAUUAUAGAUAAAGUAAUUGACGUAAUAACACCUUCUCAUCACCUUCUUAUCGUCUUCUCGUUCACGUCGUCGCUGCUUCAUCACGUUUGAUGUGCCCCAGACAUUAGAUUUCUAAGUGACCCGGGGAUUCAAAUUGCAAAAUGUCCGUCGACACGUGUAACAAAGUCACGCACUGCAUUUUCGAUAUGGACGGUUUGUUGCUCGACACGGAAUAUCUGUACACCAAGGCCUUCAACCGUAUCACCAAUCGUUACGGCAAGGAGUGGACGUGGGAGCACAAAGCGCACACGAUGGGCUUCAAGACCAAGAACGUAGCCGGCUACGCGGUUAAAACGUUGGAGUUACCUUUAACAGCCGACGAAUUCAUGCAAGAGAUUACUGGGAUCUUUCAGGAAUUAUUUCCGCAAGCCAAUCCCAUGCCAGGCGCCGUUCGGUUAUUGAAACACCUGAAAGAGAGCAACGUUCCGAUUGCGUUGGCCACGAGCUCGGAUCGCGGGAACUACGAGUUGAAGACCCGGCGUUGGCGCGACCUCUUCGACCUCUUUCAUCACAAAGUGCUCGGCGGCUCGGAUCCCGAGGUCGCGCGCGGGAAACCGGAGCCCGACAUAUUUUUCGUAGCUGCCAAGCGUUUCCCCGACAAUCCGGAUCCUUCGAAGUGUCUGGUCUUCGAGGAUGCGCCGAAUGGCGUGAAAGCGGCACUUAAGGCUGGCAUGCAGGUCGUUAUGGUGCCGGAUCCGAUGCUUCCGAAACAAUACACGAGCGAGGCGACCCUGGUCUUGGACAGCCUUGAAAAGUUUCAACCGGAGAAGUUCGGACUACCGCCGUACGUGACAUAGUGCACCCUCCUCCGAGUUUAUCGCAUGUGACGCGGAUUCGUGGACGAGAUACGUAUAUGCACGGAAUCAUCUCAGUAAAAAAAAUAAUUUAAUAUGUAGGUUCCCUUAAUCGCCUCUCUUCCGGUCUUGCCGGAUUUGUAUCUUAACUGCGCUCUCUCCCUAAACUUCUUUAUCCGUGUCGUCGGACAGAUCUCCCAGUUCGUCGAAAUCCUCCCGCGAGCCAGGACUGAUAAACAUUCCCGCGCUAUUGGCGCCCGCGGCGCUGCUGAAUAUUCCUGUGAUAUUUACGCACGAGAACUUGUUUCGCUUCAACUGUCUGUCAACUGCCUCUUUCAGUGUGCUGUACGCGGCUAUCAUAUCCCGUGGACAUUGAGACAGCAUAUCUGAAAAAAAAA